CGAAAUCAAAUAAAAAAAAAAAAUAGGAUGUUCAAUUUUUUUUUUAUUUUCACACUUUUCCUUUUCUUAUUGUUUCUUGACUUUUUCUUUUCUUUUUUAUAAUGUCUCAUUUGGUGUAUGCUAGAGGUAUCUCACUUGUUGCCAACGGUAUCUUUGCCGGUUUAGGAUUGAGUAUGAAUGGUGUUAGUGUUCCCACCAUGCGUGCAACCAAAGAUCCUUUACCUGUGUUUACAACCACUUACAAGAAUGGAUCCAAGAUUGCCAUUGCGUCUAUUGUCAUCUCAUCUGUCUGUCAUUUUUAUAUCUAUCAUCAAACCAACAACAAACAUGCUCUCUGGUGUGGUAUUUUAUCGUUUGUAUCUUUUCCCUUCACUAUACAAUUCAUGCGUCCUAUCAACAACGAACUAUUUGCAUUGGCGGACCAAAAUUCCACGGAUACAAAGAAAAUAGACACCCUCGUGACUUCAUGGGAUCAUCAUCAAUGGUUUAGAACGAUGGCGGGGUUGUCUGCUUUGAUGAUCAAUGUGUUUUACUAUUAAAUCAAAAUUGUAUGGUUUUGUUUAGCUUUUUUUUUUUUAGUUAUCAUGUGUGUGCCUUCCCUACUUCAACUGCGGUAUUUUUAAAUCCAAUCAAUAAAGUUUGACAUUUUUUUUUACCUU